GAAGACCAUCCAUCUACUUUGGCUCCUCGAUCAUGUCCAGAGAAGCAUUUACUACGCCCUUCUCUUCCGUUUUUAUUGCUCAAUUCAAUAGACUGUCAAGAAGAUAGUCAUGGACGAUAAGAGGAAGACUCCUUUCAAGGAGGGGAUGCCUGGAAAGAAGUGGCUGAGGUGCUUCUUCAAGCGACACCCCGAGCUCUCGGAAAGGAAGCCAGAACUCCUCGGCAGUGAAAGGGCUGUGGGAACCACGGAGAAGAUGGAUAAGUUCUACAAUGAUCUGAAUGAGUACCUAGUCACCAAGGAUUGCUCAUCGAUCCUCAAUUCGCCACGUCGGAUCUUCAACUGUGAUGAAAGCAGAUUCCCCCUGAGUGGAAAGAUGUCAAAAAUAAUUGCAACCAAGGGUAGCCGCACUGUAAGCUCAGUAGGGUCAAGUAAUAAGUCCCAGGUUACCUUCCUGGCCACGAUCUCGGCCUCGGGUGAUGUGCUUCCUCCCACCAUCGUUAUAGCUGGCCAAAGAUUCAAGGAAAAUCCACUCAAGGAUGGGCCCGAAGCUUGCCUGGGUAGGAGCGAGAGUGGAUGGAUGACAAGCGAAGUGUUCUUCGAGUAUGUGGGAAAUAGCUUUAUCCCUUGGGUUGAAGACCAUGGAAUCCCCAAACCCGUUCUUCUACUCGUCGACGGCCAUAGCAGCCACAUCAAUUAUGAGGUCGGUAAGCUCUGCAACGAGGCAGGUGUUGAGUUGUAUCCACUACCAGCUCAUGCCAGCCACAUCAUUCAACCCUGUGAUGUGGCAUUCUUCAAGCCACUUAAGUCAGCAUGGGCUCGAGCUGAGCGCCAGUAUCGCCAAGAUCAUCCAGGCCAAUGUGUGACGAAGUACACCUUUGCAAGCGUGUUUAGAGGACCAUGGGAAGAUGUCAGCAGAAGGAAGGAGUUGGUAAAAUCCGCCUUCAGAGCUACUGGCAUUUUUCCGUUCUCCAAGAACUAUGCAAAGGAGAAGCUGGCACCAGCUUCUGUAUACAGGGAGGUACAGGAUGAGAGGGAUGUAAAUGCUGAGGUAAACACCCAGGCCCCUGGUCCCUCCGGGGAUGCUACCCAGUCAACGUCAACGUCUGCAGGCCCAUCUUCCUUCUCCCUUCCACUGGAGAAGCACCUUCGGUACCCUCAGAUCACCAGGGUGAAGUCAGGGAGACGGAAAGGAGAAGAUCUUCCAAAAUGCAUUAGUAGUGAUGCGUAUUUGAAGUACUUGAGAGAGAAGCAAGAGGCAAAAAAUCAAGAAGAGGAAAAGAAGAGAAAACGAAAAGAAGAGAGAGACAUGAAGAAGAAAGCAAAAGAAGAUGGCAAGAGGAAGACGAAGUUGAAAAACACUGAAGAGGAUCAUCCUGAUAUCGAUGUCAACACCUGUCCAGAAUGCGAAGGCACGUACGACAACGAUCCGGAUCAAUGGGUGGGUUGCUGUUACUGUGCAAGGUGGCUUCACAUCGUUUGCUCUCGACGGUUGGACGGUUUGACAGAUGAAGAGAUCAUCGCUCUGGAUUUCAAGUGCCAUUUUUGUUAG